AUGUCUCCGACGCAGAUCACCGGUGGUGGUUUUUGCGCCAUUAAUGAGAACAGAAAGACAAAACAAGUAAGCAUGUUUUGCGCCGCCAUUAAGAAGACAUUCGAACAAGAACGAGAACCAUCACCGGAGAUCGGUGGCGAAGAAGAAGGAUUUCGAGCAGUGAAUCUCAGGCCCGGACCUGCUGGAGACUGGUCUGGAGAUAAGCUACUCAGGCCUGAUGGAGAACAUUUCAGUAACGGUACAAGCUCUGUCUCCGAUGUUGAUGCAAGACAGAGAACAGAGGAAAGAACGGAGCAGUCUACAUGA